AAUAGAAUCCUGACAAAAUCACAUGGAAAGGGAAGAGUAAAAAAAAUUAAUACAAGGGUGGAAAAAGGAAAUCUGAAAAACUUCCACUCAUCCAUCACUCACAUUAUUCAUUCUUUGCUUCCUCUCCUUCCCCUUUCUUUAUAUCACGAGAUCCCCAUCAGCUGUUGUCUCUUUCUCUCUUCUUCUUCCUCCUUCUCCCAUCUCAUAUCUCAUCUCAAUCCCCUCCAAUCUAAUGUCUUCCUGCCACAGAUUUCCAUUUCCGUUUCUGGGUUCUUCUCCUUGCUUCCCCGAUCUCUCUCUCUUCUAAUGUUCACCCGGACAUUGCCGGCAGCCGCACCCAGAUAGACAAGAGUUGCAUGAGAGAGAGAGAGGAGAGGGGCGAAACUUGUAGAGCAGAGAAAGAGAAAUGGUGAGAGAGAUUUGUUAGGCUUUUUGUUUCCCCCCUUUCCUCCUUUCUGGAUUUCAUCAGUGAGGUUUCUGAUUGAGGAGCGGGGAGAAAAUGUCGCAUUCUGGAAAACCCAAUGACGGCAACCGACGACUAGGUCUGGAGUCGCCGAGUGAUCAGCUGCGCGACUCGUUGAGUUCCUUGGAAGCGAACAAGCCUGAUUUCCGCGAACUCGAUCUGGGUUCUCCUGUUUCCCCCUUGCGACCCCGGGGGCUGGCCGCCACGACCACCACCACGACGACGACGACCACCACCACCACCACUAGCUCCAGCACAAGCUCGUCUGGAUCUGUGUCGGGAACCCGAAAUGGGCAAAACCCAGUUGCUAAAUCUGGCCAUUCCGGCGAGCUGCUAUGUACUUCUUCCAGUGGCAACAGUCCCACUACUACAGCAGCCGGGUUGAAAACUCCGAAUAACAGGCCCAGCCACGCUAGAUCCGACCCGCUAAUCUACUCCGGGAGCGGGCAGAGCUCCGUGAACUCUCCCCCAGCUGCUAAUUUCAGCGUCCUCCCGACCGGAAACAUUUGUCCCUCGGGUAAGAUCUUGAAAGCGAGUAUCGCAAUGCCGAGCCGGAGUUCUAAGUCCGACGUCUUGGGUUCUGGGACUGGGCACUACGGCCAUGGAAGCAUAAUCCGCGGCGGUGGAGCUGGGGGGGCUAAGUGUGGUAUUAGCUCCGACAAUGGAAACUUGCUUAGCGGUAGCAGCAGUAGUCAUUGUAGCACCGGUAGUGUUCGUGGAAAUGCCUGUGUGGGGAAUAAAGGGCUUGGGGUCAUGGAUCCGGAGGAAGUUAAGCGGGCAGCGAAUGAGAUGUAUAAGAAAGGUCAUUUCAGUGAGGCAUUGGCGUUGUACGACAAGGCCAUUGCCUUAGCACCAGCCAAUGCAGCAUAUAGGAGUAAUCGAGCAGCGGCAUUUAUGAGUUUAGGCAAAGUUGCAGAGGCAGUUAGGGAAUGCGAGGAGGCAGUUAGGUUAGACCCUCAUUAUUACAGGGCGCAUCAAAGGCUGGGGUCUUUGCUUAUCAGGUUAGGACAAGUUGAAAGUGCCAGGAGCCACCUAACCCUGGCCGGGCAACCUCCAGAUUCUUCUGAAUUGUCGAAGUUGCAAGUUGUAGAGAAGCAUAUAAAUAAAUGUUCUUAUGCUCGGAAUGUUAAUGACUGGAAAGGUGCAUUAAGGGAAAGUGAUGCUGCUAUUGCUGCUGGUGCUGAUUGUUCUCCACUGCUCUCCAUGUGCAAAGCUGAAGCCCACUUGAAGCUCCAUCAUCUUGAUGAUGCUGAAUUGUGCCUCUCAAGUGGUCCAAGGCUAGAAUAUUAUACCAGUUCCUGUUUACAAUCCAAGUUCUUCGGGAUGCUUUCUGAAGCUUACUACUUACUGGUUAAGGCACAGAUUGAUAUGGCAUUUGGAAGGUUUGAUGGUGCAGAUACAGCUGCUGAGAGAGCUUCACAGAUUGAUCCACGAAAUGUUGAAGUCGCUCUUCUGCUUAAGAAUGUGCGGCUGGUGGUGAGGUCUCGUCUCCGUGGCAAUGACCUCUUUAAAUCCGAAAGGUUUACAGAGGCCUGCUCGGCGUAUGAGGAAGGCCUGAGGGUUGAUCCUUCAAACUCUGUUCUUUAUUGCAAUAGAGCAGCAUGUUGGUAUAAACUCGGUUUGUGGGAGAAAUCUAUAGAAGACUGCAACCAAGCUUUGCGUAUUCAACCCAAUUACAAAAAAGCCCUCCUCCGGAGAGCUGCAUCAAACAGUAAGCUAGAAAGGUGGAGUGAUGCUGUCGGGGAUUACGAGUCAUUGAGAAGGGAACUACCUAAUGAUAGUGAAGUUGCAGAGUCUUUAUUCCAUGCUCAAGUUGCACUAAAGAAAUCUCGUGGGGAAGAAGUUUACAAUAUGAAGUUUGGUGGUGAAGUGGAGGAAGUAUCAGGACUUGAACAGUUUAGAGCUGCUAUAUUUGUUCCAGGUGUUUCAAUGGUCCAUUUCCAGUCAACCUCUAAUACGCAGUGCAAGCAGAUGUCCCCUUUUCUGGAUGCUUUAUGCAUGCGGUAUCCGUCCAUAAAUUUCUUCAAGGUGGACGUUGAUGCAAACCCUGAUGUUGCGACAACUGAGAAUGUGAGGAUUGUACCUACAUUCAAGAUAUACAAAGGCGGUAGCCGUGUGAAGGAGAUGAUCUGCCCAAGUCGUGAUAUAUUGGAACAUUCGGUGAGACAUUACAGCUUUUAGAGCUCGCAGAAAGCCACAACGCAGCAGCAGGACCCUCCAAUCCUACCGCUCUACUCAUUCUGCUUCUGAUGCUGGUUUGAAGUUGCAACUUUCAUGGGACUACUCUACUCGAAACCCUCCCACCCUCUAGAAGACUACUAGAUGAUACCAAAAAGAAAACAACUUUCCUGUGAUAUAAGCAACCUUCAUUGAAAGAAAAAGCAACCCCCUCCCCCAUCCCCAAUUCUAUUAGCUCUGUGCCAUGAACCCACCAUCCCUCCUGGUAGACAAAUGUAGGCUAGGCAUUAAAUUUAAAGCAUUUUCCAUCGAUUCAUUCAUUGAUCAAUUACCAGCUCCUGAUGUUUUCCCCUCCCCACUCUCACCAAAGAUUUGUGGGUUUACUACCCUCACUACCUUUGGGUUGUUCAGUCAUUUUUGCACUUGUAUGUUCGAGUCUGUUAGUGUACACCGGAAGGAGGAAACCAGGGAAAUAUGUACAAUUUGGUUGUUGCUUACGUUGGGGGAGUUUAGGAAGGGAAGGGUGGUUAUUCUUUUCUUCUUGUUCCUCUUUUGCUUCUUUACCCUUUUCUGGUUUGGGGUUGGGGGUAAGUAUGGAGGAGGCAGCAAGGUGGGAGGUGAUCGUUUGUACUGUAUAUAUAUGUGAUUUGAAUACAUACACCACACAAGAAAAGAAAGGUGCUGCUGGAGGAGCUUAAGACGACUUUGGAUUCAUAAGGAGAGAAGUGGGCACUGGGGGAUGUAUGGUUGUUGAUGAGAAGACUGAAGAAUUUGAGGGGGCACUCUUCUAACUUUGGAAAAUGAGGUAUAUGGAACAAAGUGGUUGUCAUGUUAGUUGUUUGUUCUUUUUUCUUUUUCCAGCCCCUCCAUUGCCAUUGAAUGAAAGAUCAAUAAAGGUUCGUUCCUUUUUCUUCU